AUGUAUGCAUCCAGAAACAGAGCUAGAAAAUUACACAAAGUGGCUAAGAAAAUCCGUGAGUUGAUGGCAGACGGUGAAGACAUGGAUGUCCUCCAUGAGAGCCAUGGCGUUUUCAGAAGAGAGCAGGAUGAGCAGCUUGUGCAGUGGAUGAAUAGGCGACCAGAUGACUGGACCCUUUCUGCUGGUGGCAGUGGAACAAUUUAUGGAUGGGGACAUAAUCAUAGGGGGCAGCUUGGGGGCAUUGAAGGUGCAAAAGUUAAAGUUCCCACUCCAUGUGAAGCCCUGGCGACUCUCAGACCGGUGCAGUUAAUUGGAGGAGAACAAACUCUCUUUGCUGUGACAGCUGAUGGGAAGCUGUAUGCCACUGGGUAUGGUGCAGGAGGCAGACUAGGAAUUGGAGGAACAGAGUCGGUAUCAACCCCAACAUUGCUUGAGUCCAUUCAGCAUGUGUUUAUAAAGAAAGUAGCUGUGAACUCAGGAGGAAAACACUGCCUGGCCCUCUCUUCAGAAGGGGAAGUUUACUCUUGGGGUGAGGCAGAAGAUGGGAAGUUGGGGCAUGGCAACAGAAGUCCUUGUGACCGCCCUCGUGUCAUUGAGUCUCUGAGAGGAAUUGAAGUGGUUGACGUUGCUGCUGGUGGAGCCCACAGCGCCUGCGUCACAGCAGCUGGGGACCUCUACACGUGGGGCAAAGGCCGGUAUGGCCGCCUGGGACACAGUGACAGUGAGGACCAGUUGAAGCCAAAGCUGGUAGAGGCACUGCAGGGCCACCGUGUGGUUGACAUUGCCUGUGGCAGUGGUGACGCCCAGACCCUCUGCCUCACUGAUGAUGACACUGUCUGGUCCUGGGGGGACGGGGACUAUGGCAAACUCGGCAGAGGAGGCAGCGAUGGCUGUAAAGUGCCCAUGAAGAUCGAUUCUCUUACAGGCCUUGGAGUAAUUAAAGUGGAGUGCGGAUCCCAGUUUUCUGUCGCCCUUACCAAAUCUGGAGCUGUUUAUACUUGGGGCAAGGGUGACUAUCACAGGCUGGGCCAUGGGUCUGACGACCAUGUGCGAAGACCUCGGCAGGUCCAAGGGCUGCAGGGGAAGAAAGUCAUCGCCAUUGCCACCGGCUCUCUGCACUGUGUGUGCUGCACAGAGGAUGGUGAAGUUUAUACAUGGGGCGACAAUGAUGAGGGUCAACUAGGAGAUGGAACAACAAAUGCCAUCCAGAGGCCUCGGUUGGUAGCUGCUCUUCAGGGUAAGAAGGUCAACCGUGUAGCCUGUGGCUCAGCACACACCCUCGCCUGGUCGACCAGCAAGCCCGCCAGUGCCGGCAAGCUCCCUGCACAGGUCCCCAUGGAGUACAAUCAUCUGCAGGAAAUCCCUGUGUUAGCCCUGAGGAACCGGCUGCUGCUGCUGCACCACAUCUCGGAGCUCUUCUGUCCUUGCAUCCCCAUGUUUGACCUGGAGGGUUCUCUCGAUGAAACUGGACUCGGGCCUUCUGUUGGGUUUGAUACUCUACGAGGAAUUCUCAUAUCCCAGGGAAAGGAGGCGGCUUUCCGAAAAGUGGUGCAGGCAACUAUGGUGCGAGAUCGUCAACACGGUCCUGUUGUGGAGUUGAAUCGAAUCCAGGUCAAACGCUCGAGAAGCAAAGGUGGGUUAGCUGGCCCCGAUGGCACCAAGUCUGUCUUUGGGCAGAUGUGCGCCAAGAUGAGCUCGUUCAGUCCUGACAGCCUCCUGCUCCCUCACCGUGUCUGGAAAGUCAAGUUUGUGGGUGAAUCUGUGGAUGACUGUGGGGGCGGCUACAGCGAGUCCAUAGCAGAGAUCUGUGAGGAGCUGCAGAAUGGACUCACCCCCCUGCUGAUUGUGACACCCAACGGCAGGGAUGAGUCUGGGGCCAACCGAGACUGCUACCUGUUCAACCCUGCCGCCAGGGCACCCGUGCACAGCAGCAUGCUCCGCUUCUUGGGUGUGUUGUUGGGCAUCGCCAUCCGGACCGGGAGCCCCCUGAGCCUCAACCUCGCUGAGCCCGUCUGGAAGCAGCUGGCUGGGAUGAGUCUCACCAUCGCAGACCUCAGCGAGGUCGAUAAAGAUUUUAUUCCUGGGCUCAUGUACAUCCGCGACAAUGAGGCCACUUCGGAGGAGUUUGAGGCCAUGAGCCUGCCCUUUGCGGUGCCCAGCGCCAGUGGUCAGGACGUGCAGCUGAGCUCCAAGCACAUGCACAUCACCCUGGACAACCGCGCCGAGUAUGUCCGACUGGCAAUAAACUAUAGACUCCAUGAAUUUGAUGAGCAGGUGGCUGCCGUUCGGGAAGGAAUGGCCCGUGUCGUGCCCGUCCCCCUCCUUUCUCUGUUCACUGGAUAUGAGCUGGAGACAAUGGUGUGUGGCAGCCCGGACAUCCCACUGCAUCUUUUGAAGUCGGUGGCAACGUAUAAAGGGAUUGAACCUUCUGCACCCCUGAUCCAGUGGUUCUGGGAGGUGAUGGAGUCCUUCUCCAACACAGAGCGCUCCCUUUUCCUCCGCUUUGUGUGGGGCCGGACAAGGCUGCCCAGGACCAUCGCUGACUUCCGGGGCAGAGACUUUGUCAUCCAGGUAUUGGAUAAAUACAACCCUCCUGACCACUUCCUUCCUGAAUCCUACACCUGUUUCUUUUUGCUGAAGUUACCCAGGUAUUCCUGUAAACAGGUGCUAGAGGAGAAGCUGAAAUAUGCCAUCCACUUUUGCAAAUCCAUAGACACAGAUGAUUACGCUCGCAUAGCCCUCACAGGAGAGCCAGCUGCCGAUGACAGCAGUGAUGACUCGGAUAAUGAGGAUGUGGAUUCAUUUGCUUCAGAUUCCACACAAGAUUAUUUAACAGGACACUAAGAUGCAGAAAUGCCAUCACAAAACGAGAGCCUGAGCAAGAGGGCAGAGUGCCUGGUGUGUCUGCUGAGAAAUAGCAGUCCUCGAAAUGUGUGGGAGGUGGGGGCAGAGAGACAGGGGCUGUGUGACCAGCCUGUGCUCGUGGAGCACUGAGUGGUCGCUUGACGUUUAUUUUUGGGACUUAAGAGUCUUCUCACCCAUAAUGCUGCAUUACAUGUAGGACUCUGUGUUUACUAAAGUGUGUAAAUGUUUAUAUAAAUACUGAAUUGCAGCAUCCUAAAAAUGAAUAAAGCCUUUUUACUUGUGGGUGCAAUAGAUUUUUUUCUUCCUUUCAAGUGUCGUGAAUCAUCUUGCUUGUAUAUUGGAAAUACUGUGCAACAAUUAAAUCAUAUUAUAAAUAUUUCAGCUAAUUUUGUUUAUUAAAAGCUUUUUGAACAUUAAAUGAUCAGUAUUACUUGAAUGCAUCCAGAGGGUAUUUAAGCCAAAACGAAAAACAAAAAGGCCAUUUAGUUCUCCCUCUUCUCCCCAGGUGUGCCAUUUCAGCAUAUGCAUUAUGUAAUUUGAAUGGAGGCCUUUCUGUGAACAGUAUCAUAACUUCUAUCAUGGAAAGUGUACUAUAUAUGAUGUUUGUGUCUACAUUUUAAUUCCCUAUAAAUAAAACAUCUGUCACAAAA